UGCGCAGAUGAUGGAGUUCCUCUGUCGAUAAAAGACUGUCUUCCACAUUUGUGCAAACUGAUCGACGAUGCGUCCUCGACAGGAACAUUCAGCCAAAGUCCGGUCUAUACAUUCUCUCAUUUGCCGGAUGGAAUGAAUCCACCUACAAGCCUAUCCAACACGAUCCCGAAAUUGUAUAUUGCUGAGUCUCUCCCAGCUUCUUACUCAGGCCUCAUACUUUUGGGUCGAACACAGGAAUAUACCACCGCAGCGCAGAAAUUCUACCGCGCCGCUUUGAAGGGAAAG